AUGUAUAUAAGGGAAUACGACAUAAUCGUAGACCUCGGGUGUGGGACCGGGUAUUUAGCGGACCAGUUGUCACAAUCGGUGAAACACAAGCGCAUCGUUGGGGUCGACGAUCGUUCGGCGACCCCUCUCCCCUCCGUCCAGUAUUUGGUCCAAGACUUGAGCCAAUCCUGGGAUUCAUUGAGUCCUGUAUUGAAGGCAUUGGAGUCUAAGGUAUCGCUAAUUGUAUCUAACUUUGCCAUACAAUUCAUCUCCGAUAAGAACCGACUAAUGCAUGUCGUGAGCAAAUUAUUGGCCAAAAACGGGGAAUUUGUGGCCAAUUAUAACCGCGCACCGGAUGUCAUGUCGUUGUUGACAAGCGAACAAAUCAAACAAUACAAUAUACAAUUGCAGACUAAGAGUGAAUUACAACAAUUGGAUGAAAUACAGACGGCGUGUUCGGGCAAUGGCUUAAAUGUGACCAAGGUUGAUGUCAGUUUGCUCAAAAGCCGUGUCAACGAAUACUCCAUUAAAGGUAGGCUUAAGUCUAUGGCUAUACUUUAA